AUGGCGGCUGUACCUACCUCCUCCCUCAGCGACAACCAGCGCCAAGAGCUGCUGUGUACGUACGCUUGUUUAAUUCUUUCGGAUGAAGGAAUGGAAAUAUCUGCAGAAAAUAUACAAAAACUCGUCACUGCUGCAGGAGGAUCCGUUGAACCCUACAUGCCUGGCCUCUUCGCUCGUGCCCUCAAGAACCACAAAGUAGAGGAUUUGAUUGCUGGCGCAGGUUCUGCUGCUGCUGCUGCAGCUCCUGCUGCUGCUGCUGCAGCACCUGCUGCUGCUGGUGGCGGUGCACCUGCAGAGAAAGGAGGCAAACCAGCUAAGCAAGAAGAACCUGAGGAGGAGGAGGAUGCAGAUAUGGGUUUCUCUCUAUUCGAUUAA